CCUCCGCGCGCUCCCGCUGCACGGUUACCCCGGCUCUCCGCCCCUCCUUCCCGCGGCGCUCGAGGGACCAUGGCCGAUCCUCGCGUGAGACAAAUCAAGAUCAAAACCGGCGUGGUGAAGCGAUUGGCCAAAGAAAAAAUGAUGUAUGAAAAAGAAGCAAAACAACAAGAAGAAAAGAUUGAAAAAAUGAAAGCUGAAGAUGGUGAAAAUUAUGCUAUUAAAAAGCAGGCAGAGAUCCUGCAAGAAUCCCGGAUGAUGAUCCCAGAUUGCCAGCGCAGGUUGGAAGCUGCAUAUACCGAUCUUCUGCAGAUAUUAGAGAGUGAAAAGGAGUUGGAAGAAGCUGAGGAAUAUAAAGAAGCACGUUUAGUACUGGAUUCGGUGAAGUUAGAAGUCUGAAGUUUUUCUGUAUAGGGUGCUUUUUACAAUUAAUCCUGGGAUUCAUUCCACAAUUUAUUAUUUUUGACCACUGCUGUGUGUUCAAGUAGUAUGAGAAUGUUUCUUUUUAUGCAGUUGCAUAUAUUUUUCUUUGCCUAAUUUAAUGUGUCAAAUAAAUGAAUUCGUCUAAUAAAAGUGUUUAUUUUAUACU